UAAAGAAGAAGACGCUCAUGUGACGCACUUCUGGCGCGCUGAGCGAGGAAGAUGUCCGCGUCUCAGCAGCCGGCGUCGACGGCCUCCUCUGCAGCUGGCGUGUCGGUCGCCGUUUCGGCUGGUGGGCCUGGUCCCCCGCAGCAGCCGCAAGCCCCGGCACAGCUGGUGGGCCCCUCGCAGAGCGGGCUCUUGCAGCAGCAGCAGCAGGACUUCGACCCCGUGCAGCGCUACAAGAUGCUCAUCCCGCAGCUGAAGGAGAGUCUACAGACCUUGAUGAAGGUUGCAGCCCAGAACUUGAUUCAGAACACUAACAUUGACAACGGACAAAAGAGCAGCGAUGGACCCAUACAGCGCUUUGACAAGUGUCUGGAGGAGUUUUAUGCACUCUGUGACCAGCUGGAACUUUGCCUGCGCCUGGCACACGAGUGUCUGUCACAGAGCUGUGACAGUGCCAAGCACUCUCCAACGCUGGUGCCCACGGCCACCAAGCCGGACGCCGUGCAGCCUGACAGCCUGCCCUACCCGCAGUACCUGGCCGUCAUCAAAGCCCAGAUAGCCUGUGCCAAGGACAUUCACACUGCCCUGCUAGACUGUGCGAACAAGGUCACAGGCAAGACGCCUGCACCGCCUACCGGCCCCGGAGGUACCCUGUGAGCCUGAGCUGGCAGCGCUGGGACCUGCAGGCUGUGGACAGAGAGGACUGGGAGGGAAUGAAAAGUCUCAAAGCCG